AGCGUUGUUGGCAUUUGUGUUUUCUCGUUUGUCAGCUGUCGAGUUGAAAAAAUUUGUAAUUUUAAUUAAAUUAGUAAAAUAAUUAAUAUAAAAUGAGUGACAGUGAGUCGGACAGCAAUGCCAAACAAUCGAAAUGCAAUGGUGCAAAAUUUAAACUUAAAAAGAUCGUCGAAUUAGAAAAACUAGAGUCCGCUGAACUAUGUACCUACAUUUCGGGGCUCCAUGAACUGCUCAAUAAAAAAGACAACAAAAUAAAGAAAUAUAAGGAUAAAUAUAAAGAAAUCCUAAAACAAGUAAAAAGCGAGAAGAGUGACACCAACUCCGAUAGAUCCGUUAAUGCCGCAAGUUAUCAGGCUAAUUCCCCCAACCCCGCAGAAGAGAAACAAGCUGUUGAUAAUGCCGUUACUACUGUGGACAAUUUUGUGGAUGAUAUUCGUCGUGCCGCCGAACAGGCGCAAAAUUUAAAUGGUUUCGUUUAUGAGCCCACAUCGGGGCUGUACUAUGACCAAAAGACCGGUUACUAUUAUAAUGCGGAAUAUGGUCUCUAUUAUGAUGGCAAUAACGGCUGUUAUUACAACUACAAUCAGGAGAAAAAUGUUUUUGAAUUUCAUUCGCAAGUUCAACAACAACAAAUUCAGAAAGCUGCAGAGUGCAACAACGCCAGCGAUAAAGAUGUGCUAACGAAUUAUGAUGACUUCGAUGCGGACGAGAUGGUGGCGUUCGACGAGUUCGGCGGCGUCAUUACCGACCAGGAGCGGCUGCGUAAAAUCAAGGAUGAGCGACGCAAGGAGCAGGAAGACGAGCGUACGUGGCGUAAAAAGAAGAAAUCCAAGAGCACGAAGGCUGCUAAGAAGCGCGCCAAAUCAAAGAAGCGCAAGCAUAAAUCGGAGAAGCGCAAACGCGCACGUAAACACAAGCGCGGCUCAAGUGAAUCCUCCUCCACUGAUAAUGAGAGUGAUAAGGAGGGAAAAGGCAAGCGUAAGAAGCGUGCGCGCAAGCGGUCUUGUGACGUGGAAGACGGUGAGCUAUCCGAGUCCAGCAGCAGCAGCAGUGAAAGUAACAGCGAUAGCGGCGAUAGUCGCAGCAGCGGUGAUGAUGAUAGGUCCGAUGCGGGGAAGGAGGGGAGAGUUGCUACUUUUGCUCGUGGUGGGCGCUUUCAAGAUAUAGCUAAGAAGUAUCCGCCUUCGCUGCGCAUUAUUGUGCAGGAAAGCAAUUUGGAGACACUUAAGGUUGGCAGUCUAAGCUUAAUCACAUAUAAGGGCGGCAGUUUGGGACGUGAAGGCAACCAUGACGUCAUCAUACCGGAUGUCAAUGUCUCAAAGCUGCACAUGAAGUUCCAUUACGAUCACAAGCAGGCGAUUUACAAGUGCAUCGACCUCGGUUCACGCAAUGGCACCGUGCUAAAUGGCGCGCGCAUGUCUGCCUCCAAGCAAGAGAGCUCUGAAUGUGAUCUGGUGCACGGCAGCGUUUUGCAAAUCGGCCAAACGAAGUUGUUGUGUCACGUGCACGAGGGCAACAGCACUUGCGGCUUGUGUGAGCCGGGCUUAUUGAUUGAGACGGCGCGUGAAAGCAAUGCCACGACAGGCAAUGCGACAGUGCUGACACAUCGCGAACAGCUGAAGAAGCUGCAGAAGAAGUAUGGCUUGGAGAAAGAGAAAUUUGUUGAGGGCAAGCAAAAUGCGAGCAGUUAUAAUGAUCGUGCCGCCACGCGUCGCAUAAAAGUGGGCAGCACAACGGAUGGCGAGAAAACUCAAGCCGCCUCCGUUAAUACUGAAAUAUCUUCCGAUAAUAAAGGCUUCAAGAUGCUCUCCAAACUCGGCUGGAACAAGGGCGAGGCGUUGGGUAAAGCGAAUGAUGGCUCAGCGCUCUUGGAACCGAUCAAUGUCGCUUCGAAUGAGGGCAAGACUGGUCUGGGUGCUGCUGCUUCGGUUGGCGUUGCGCUUACCAAUGCAGAUAAGCGUAAGAUUGCUACAUGGCAGAAGACACAGGCUCGUUAUCAACAAACAGAUAUUUUCGAAGACAGCGAUAAUAGUUCUUAAUGCAUUAAGUUUGUUGUGUUGUGUGGAAAUAUUUAUAAUAAAAAGACCCAUAAAA